AUGCAUAUCACGGACGCUGUCAUUUUCAAUAAAAAUGAAACUGGUUGCAUUAGUGAAUCCUCGAACAACACCAAUAAAACCGAGUCAGGGCAAGAAAAACAAGACUCAACUCAAAAUGAUAAUAACUGCAACAUCACCAACGAGUUUAAACCCACACAAAGCGCUAAUCUGAUUACUUUGGAUAUUUCCGCUAACAUUUCUUCAAAUAACACACCCACCAAAGCUGCUCAGGACUGCGGAGAUAAUGGUGACAUUUUAUCUGAAGAAUGCCACAACAAAUUAAAAGCUACGAAUGAAAUACCUAAUCCUGAUACCGUACUAAAGUACGUGUACAAGAAAAAUGAUAAAAUUGUAAAUGAAAAACCCAAAGGCCAUCCUUUGAAUAGUGUUCGAAGGAAAAGAUCUACCGAUAUCAAAAACAAUGCUGAAAACAUAACAGCCGACGCGAGUCUGAAGGCGCCAAUCAUUGUUGAUUACGAAACUGCCCACGCUCCAAGAGGAAGAGAAGUUGAGCAACUUCUGCCAGUACACCAUCGGGUUACGGAUAACACAAUCAAAAACUCUGCAUUAGCGGAUUUUAAUAUCGAGACUUUGCAUGGUAACAAUCAAACUCCCAAAAACGAUAAUCUCAAUAAAGAUAGCUCGUCAUCACAAUCAGAAGAAGAUAAAGAAAGCUCAGAAAACAAAAACUACAGUCGGUCAGACAGCCGCGAAAGCUCCGAAAGUGAUUAUCUUAGAGAUAGUGGAAAUUCUGAAAAACAAACCAAAAAGAGUAGUGAAAGUGAUGAAAGUGGAGAAAAAGAAGAAUAUAGAAAAAGCGCCGAAGACAGCAGAGAGGUCACUGAUGACGACAGGCCGGCGCCUCAAAAGGAAAAGAGCGCAUUUACAAAAUACCAGCCUCAUCCACAAAGCUUCGAAAAUUAUGAAAGUAAGGAAUACCCGACACGAAAUAAAGCAGAGUUCUCAACGCCACAAAAUGAAAAAUACGAAAACAAUGAAAAAUACAAUUCUAAAAGCACAGAAAACAGUGGCAGUAGCGAAAGUAGUGAAAGCUCUGCCCAAGAUACAGAUCCCAAGAAGUCCUCUUACAAAGAACGGGAAGAUGACAGUAGAGAAAGCAGUGAGAAAGAGAAAUAUCGACACAAUGAUUCUAGUCGAGAGCAACAUUCUAAUGAAAAACCUGAUUCUAAAGAUGCAUACAAAUAUCCAGACGAUUCGAGCCAGUCAAGAGAAAACAGCAAUGAAAGUAAUAAUGAUGGUGACUCUCCUACUAAUGACCGACUCUCGAAUAAAGACUACAUACAAGGACGUGAAAUUAAUUUAAGCACACCGCGUACUAUUCAAGACGUGGACUUAGACGAUUUUAGUUAUGAAAGAGUUAAGGUCGACGAUAAAGGUAAAAUUUUACCAACCACAGAUCACGAUGAUCCUGACUCUCCAGCACCUAAGCCGUUAGUUACUCCUGAUACGGAUCAAAAUCUAUUAACUGGAUCUUUGUCACUAAGCAACGAAGAACAGAUCAGUGGUGGACUUUUUGAUAAUGCCAAACCUGUUCAUAUAAACGACGGAGAAGUGAAACCUGUUGUAGAAAUUAACAGUGAAAACAAUGAAGGCGAAUCCUUUGACGAGAACAGCAAAGAAGCAUUGAAGACCAAUCCAGAUAAAGAUGCGAGCUUAGAAACUAUUCUUGGUACAAGUAUCAAUGAUGCCGAAGAGCAAAAUGAAAAAAUUGUACAGAAUAAAGAGCCGGAAGAAAAGGCAGACGUCAAGCAACAAUUUGAAAGAAUACCCUUAAAUUAUAAACAUGAAAAUAAGCAAGAAGAAAGCGAUAAGAGUUCUGAGAAUGAUUCCAAAAACAAUCCCCAAGAGGAAAAUGCAAACGAAGAAAAUCAAGGCACGUUAGAUAUAUUUUCUCCUAAAGAUGUAAGUUAUGAUGAACAUCUUAAAUUCAAAUUUGACGAUAUUGCCAUAAAACUACCAGAAAUAAAAUUACCGGAGGACAUUUUGGCGUAUACUUAUGAAGAACCGUCGUAUGAGAAAAAGAAAGACAAAUAUGAAAAAAGAAAACACAAAAAACCAAAGUUUUACCACUACAGUGACGAAGUGUCAGAAGAGACUCCACGCGAUGAGAAAAAGAGUCGACACAGCGACGAUGACAAUGAACGCGAUUAUUACGGCCAUUCAUAUGAUAAACAGAAUCUCAAAAAGAAAGACGAUGAUGAAGAUGAUGAGGAUUUAUACGAAAAAUUUGUUAGAGAAAGGUUCGGCAAACGAGGUUCGUUUGAGAAGCGGUCGGAAAAGCUGGAGGCUGCUAGAGAUCUGCCCUACAACCCGGAACUGUAUCAGAGAGUCCAGAACAUUCUGAAGAAGUCGGCGCAAAUUGACAAGCAGGCACAAAAGAGCGGCGAUCCCAACGCCGGAUACGCGUGGACACUGGAGUAUGGUGAGAAUUUGAAGUAA